CGACCUCACCAAUCCCCGCGCCUCGUAACGCUAUCCUCUCCUCUCCUCUCCUCGCCUCGCCUCCUCCGCCUCCGCCUCAUCCCCACCACCACCACCUCCUCGUCCUCCGCCGCCGCCGCCGACGCCGACGAGGAGUAGCGGUACCGCCUCCCCCCCGAGGAGCCCCCGUGACGACGCGGGAUCCCACGACGGCGAGGGAAGAUGGAGCUCCUCCCCCUCGCCUCCGCCAAGCCGUCGUCGGCGACGUCGGCGCCGCCCUUGCCCCGUGCUGCCGCGCCGCUCCUCUUCGCGCCGCUUAAACCCCUGCCCCUGCUGCGGUUCCCGCCGCGGAGGGCCCACGCGGCGAGGCGGCUCCGCCCGGCGGGGAGGCGUGGGCUGAGGCUCCUGUGCUAUGCGGCGGCGGGGGGCGCGGGGGAGGAGGUGUUCGGGCCGAGGAGGGAGCUGGCGGGGGUGCAGCCGCUGGUGGAGGCUCUGCCGCCCGCCGCGAGGACGGCGGCGGAGCUGGCGGUGGCCGCGGCGGCGGUGGCGGCUGGGUACGGCAUCGGGCUCCGGGCGGGCGGGGGCUCCAGGGCCGUGGCGGUCGCGGGCGCCGCGGUGCUCGGCGCGGCCAGCGUGGCCGGGGCCGCCGCGGUCAACUCCGUCGUGCCGGAGGUCGCCGCUGUGGGGCUGCACAACUACGUCGCCGGAUGCGACGACCCCACCAACCUGGAGAGUGGUGAGGUCGAGGCUAUCGCGAGCAAAUAUGGAGUUAGUACACAGGACGCAGCCUUCAAAGCAGAGCUCUGUGAUUUGUAUGCCAGGUUUCUUUACUCAGUACUUCCUCCAGGAGAUGAAGAUCUCAAAGGUGAUGAGGUUCAGACCAUUAUAAAAUUUAAAAAUGCUCUCGGACUCGAUGAUGUUGACGCUGCAAAUAUGCACAUGGAGAUUGGUAGGCGCAUAUACAGAGAAAGGCUGGAAACGAGGGAUCGUGAUGCUGACAUGGAACAGCGGCGGGCAUUUCAAAAACUCAUAUAUGUAUCAAACCUUGUCUUCGGGGAUGCAUCAACAUUCCUGCUACCAUGGAAACGUCUUUUUGGGGUCACUGAUUCUCAGAUUGACAUUGCUAUGCGGGAAAAUGCCAAGAUCUUAUAUGCAUCACAACUCAAGUCUAUUGGGAGAGGUCUUGACAUAGGCACACUCAUUGAAGUAAGGAGAGCACAACUUGCUUAUAAACUUUCUGACGAGAUUGCUGCUGAGAUGUUCAGGGAGCAUGCAAAGAAGUUGGUUCAAGAAAACAUUACGCCAGCUGUGGACAUCAUAAAGUCGCGUACCAAAGCAGCGAAUAGCCAAACACAGGUUGUUGAAGAAGUGAAGAGCAUCCUUGCUUUUAAUAGUUUGCUUAUAACACUAAGCAAACACCCUGAUCAAGAUAGAUUUGUUCGUGGUCUUGGACCUAUUUCAUUAGGUGGAGAGAGUGACCAUGAUAGGAGGGCUGAUGAUCUAAAGCUACUCUAUAGGGCCUAUGCAACAGAAGUUCUUUCAGAUGGACGUCUGGAUGAUGAGAAGCUUGCUCCUUUGAAUCAACUGAGGAACAUAUUUGGACUGGGCAAGCGUGAAGCAGAAUCAAUCAUGUCAGAUGUUAAAGCUCAAGUAUACAGAAAGAGACUUGCUAAAUCAUUUAACAGUGAGUUGGCAGCGGCCCCUAGCAAAGCGGCGUUCCUCCAAAAUAUCUGUGAAGAGUUGCAGUUUGAUCCAGAGCUUGCUAGUAAGAUGCAUGAAGACAUUUACAGGCAGAAGCUUCAGCAGUUUGUAGCAGAUGGAGAGCUGAACAAGGACGAAGUGGAAGCUUUGAUGGCAUUCCAAGUGCGUCUCUGCAUUCCUCAAGAAACCGUUGAUGCUGUCCAUUCAGAAAUCUGUGGCCGGUUGUUCGAAAAGGUGGUUGUUGAAGCAAUUUCAUCCGUUGAUGGAUAUGACACUAAUAGACGAGAGGCUGUUAGGAAGGCAGCACAAGGUCUGAACUUGAAAAAGGAGGCUGUCAUGACCAUUUUCAGUAAAGUGGUACGGAAGUUAUUCCUGAACUACAUUCAGAGAGCAAAAGCAGCUGGGAACCGCAUUGAAACUGCAAAAGAGCUGAAAAAGAUGAUAUCUUUCAACACGGUUGUUGUAAGUGAGCUUUUAGCUGACAUUAAAGGAGAGCCAACAACUGCUGAAGCUGAAACAUCAAAUGCAACCUCAGAACCUGAAAUCAGUGAGUCUGAAGGAGAUGAUGAUGAAUAUGAAUGGGAACAGCUGGAGACAUUAAGGAAAACUAGGCCUGAUAAAGAGCUCAAAGAGAAGUUGGCAAAGUCAAGCCAGAAAGAGAUAACCCUCAAAGAUGACAUUCCAUUGAGAGACAGAGCUGAGCUGUAUGAAACAUAUUUGAUGUUCUGUGUCACUGGGGAGACAACCAAUGUUUCAUUUGGAACAGCAAUCUCCACGAAGAAAGACAAUUCAGAGUAUUUAAUGCUAAAGCAAUUAGGAGACAUACUUGGUUUGACCCAUAAGGAAGCUCAAGAUGUUCACAUUAAGAUGGCAGAGAAGGCAUUUGUGCAACAGGCUGAAGUGAUUCUUGCUGAUGGGAAGUUAACAGAAGCCAAGGCUGACCAGCUUGCAAAGAUACAGAAGCAAGUUGGUCUACCUACUGAGUAUGCACAGAAAAUUAUCAAGAAUAUCACAACAACAAAGUUGUCUUCUGCAAUUGAAGCCUCUAUUUCUCGAGGACAGAUUGGUAUACAGCAGGUCCGAGGAUUGAAAGAAGCAAAUUUUCAAUUGGAUAGCUUGAUAGCAGAACCACUUCGAGAAAAUAUUUAUAAAAAGUCUGUUGAGGAGAUCUUUUCAUCAGGCACAGGUGAAUUUGAUGAAGAGGAAGUGUAUGUAAAGAUUCCAGCUGAUCUCAUCAUUAAUGCUGAGAAGGCCAAGUCGAUUGUCCAGGAUAUUGCAAAAGUUAGGUUGGAUAAUGCCCUUGUUCAAGCUGUUGCUCUUCUUCGGCAGAAGAAGAAAGAUGAAGUGGUCUCAUCCUUGAACGAUUUGCUUGCAUGCGAUGCGGCUGUGCCUGCUUCGAAGCCCCUAUCAUGGCCCACGCCAGGAGAGCUGGAUGAUCUGUACGGCAUUUACAUGAAGAGCAUUCCGAAGCCUGAAAAAUUGUCAAGGUUGCAGUAUCUUCUUGGCUUAAGUGACGAGAAGGCUGGGCAGAUUCGGGAUGCCGCAUCAGCAGGCACACUAUCAGUUGCAACCGAAGAGGAGGAUGAAUUGGUAUUCUAG